AUGUUGUCCAUCAUCAUCGGCGUGCUGGCCACGCUGCUUGUGAUGGUGGGUGUCCACUUCGGCAUGAAGAAGUUCACCGCCAAGAAUGCCCCCAAGCAGCCGGCCGCCGCCGCCGCCGCCGCCGCCGCCAAGCCGGCCUCGCCUAGCCCCGGCAAGCAGCCGGCCUCCGCCGCCGCCGCCGCCGCCGCCACCGCCACCCCCGCCGCCGCCGCCACCGCCACCCCCGCCGCCGCCGCCACCGCCGCCCCCCCGGCCGCCGGCCCCACCACCGACGCCGCUCCCCUGCAUGAUCUGGCCUGGCUCAACCACGCCGUCAAGGCCACCCUGGCCGGCGCGCGCGAGGACACCGCCACCCGCCGGGCCCUGUCGGACCUGGUUACCGGGCGCAUCCAGCAGGCCGGGCCGGCCGGCUUCGCCUUCACCAAGCUCCACCUGAGCUCCCUCUCCCUGGACCAGGCGUUUGUGGCGGAGUUCCGGCCGCUGGCCGACCCGACGCUGGCCGCCGCGGCCCAGGCACCCGGCCCCGGGCGCCUGUGCAGCUUCCACCACCGCGGCCAGGUGUCCUUCUCCUUCGACGCGGAGAUCGCCCACCCCAAGCUCGGGUCCCUGGAGGUCCCGGUGGUGGGCUUCCUCAGCGACAUGCACUUCCACUGCGCGCUGGCCCUGGCCACCGGGGCCGAGGCGCCUGCCGCCGGCAGCCUGGCCGUGGGGGUUGUCCCCGGGACGGCCAGCUUCCGGCUGACCGUCCGGUCGCCGGUCGACCACCCGGACCGCUCGGCCAUCGAGGCCUUCCUGCCGGCCAAGCUGCACGCCCUGCUGGCGGCGGCCCUCUUCCCGGUGGGCCCGGCGGCCGCGCCCUUCGUCAUCGCGCUGCGUACCCCCUCCGGGGCGCCUGAUGCGGCGGCCCCCGACGCGGCCCCCGUCGCCGCCCUGCUCAGCGUCACCCUGCACUCCGGCAACAACCUGCCGGUCAUCCGCCGGGAGCACCACCUGUCCACUUACUGCCGGCUGGUGGUCCCCGGGGCCAAGGAGGACGACCCGACCGGGCCGCGCACGCCGCUGCUGCCCCCCCGGCCGAAGGCUUCCUGGGGCCGGGGCCACUGCCUGUCGGCGGCCCUCACCUCGGCCGAGCCGGUCACCCUGGCGCUCAUGGGCCGGCCGACCUUCGGCGACCUGAGCACCGGCGACCAGCUCCUCGGCUCGGCCACCAUCAACCUGACCUCCCUGCCGCCGGAUGGCUCGGCCACCCGGCUGACGGUGCGCCUGCUGUCGGCUUGCGGGUCCGGCCGGCCAACCGGCGCCUCGCUCGAGGUCACCGCGCGCCUGCUCCUGGCCGGGGCGCCGGGGCAGCAGCAGCAGCAGCAGCAGCAGCCCCUGGUCCUGGCCCCGGCGGCGGAUCUGGCGGCGCUGGUGGCCGCGGCCGCGGCCGACGCCGGGGUUCUCACCCGGCGCGAUGUGCCGCUGGCCCUCGCCGUCGCCGCCCCGCGCAUGGCCCCCGGCAGCACCCUCGGCCCGGCGCAGGCGGCCCUGCAUCUGUCCGGCCCGGGCGCCGGGGCGUCGCACGCCGCCAUCCUCCCGGCCACCGGCGAGGCGGCCCCCACUUGGCCCGACGCGCCGCAGGCCCUGGGCACCCUGGCCCACCAUGAGGACAGCCUGUCCGUCUUCCUGGUGGACAGCGCCACCGGCCCCACGCCGGUGACCCUGGCCCACGGGGAGUUCCACAUCACCGAGGACCUGGUGGCCGUGCAGCCCGAGCCCCAGGUGGCCAAGGUGGCCCUGGCCCUGGCGCCGUCGGUGACGGCGGCCACGGCCGCCGCCGCCGCCGCCGCCGCCUCGCCCGAGGCCGGCGACCUGGUCUUUUCGUUUGUCCUCCUGCCGGCUGAUGCCCGGCCCACGGCCUACGAGCGCCUGUGCCAGCCGGCGGCGGCCGACGCCGCUGCCGAUGCCGGUGCCAGCGUCGUGGCCGCCCAGCCGGAGGCGGCCCCCUCCAUCGAGGAGGCCCCGUCGGCCAGCCUGGCCCUCGUCUCGGAGGAGGAGCCGGCCGCCAUGGCCGAUGCUGCCCCCCCGGCCGAGGCCGAGGAGUCGGCCCUCGAUGCCGCCCGGUCGCAGUCCACCAUCGACAUGGCCAUCCCCCUGCCGGAGCUGGUGGUGUCCACGUCGGCCGACGUGCUGGCCGAUGAGCCGGCGGCGGCGGCCGGGCCCUCCAUCCCGGAGCUGGUGGUGUCCACGUCGGCCGAUGUCCUGGCCCCGGGGGCCGUGGUGCCGGCCAUUGUGGUCGACGAGCCGGCGGCCGUGCCGCAGAUCCAGGUUGACCCGGCGCCGGCGGCGGCCGGCGGCGCCCCUCCGGCCAUCGUCGUCUCGACGCCGGACGGCCCGGCCGACAUGGCCACCACCCCGACCGCGGCCACGGCCACCACCCCGACCGCGGCCACGGCCACCACCCCGACCGCGGCCACGGCCACCACCCCGACCGCGGCCACGGCGGCCACCGGCACCGGGCGAACCCCCUCGCCCAGCAGCAGCGGGCGAUCCAUCUUCAAGGGCGGCCUCUUCCGGUCGUCCUCCACCUCGUCGUCCUCCUCCUCGCGCGGGGGGGGCAGCAAGCGCCACGAAGCCCCGCGGAUGACUGCCUCCCCGAGCUUCGGCGACCAGCAGGCCAUGGAUUCGCUGCACCUGUCGGUGGCCAGCGCGGCGGCCGGGUCGUCGUCCCUGUCCACCGGCGGCGGGUCGUCCAUCGCCUCCUCGGCGUCGGCCCGGUCGGUGACCAUCCUCGAUGACGCCGGCAAGAAGACGCACCUGGCCAUGGGGCACCGGUUCCGCGCGACGCACUUCAACAAGCUGGUUUCCUGCGCCGUGUGCAACUCCACCCUGCUGGGCAUCGGCAAGCAGGGCUACCGCUGCCAGGAUUGCUCCCUCAUCUGCCACAAGAAGUGCCACGCCAGCGCCCCGGCCUGCGCGUCCAACCCGCAGGAUGUCUCCCUGGACCUGACCAGCAUCCUGCCGGACGACAAUGCCCUGCUCAACAAGGACUAA